GGAGAAUGCGGUUUACUGGAAUAAAGAAACUGAGAUUUGAAUACGGAGUGAACCCUAAAGUCCCAGAGUGGAGGACUUUCCACUGGUGACAACAUAUUUACUUUGUUAGAAAGAAGAAGAAAAAAGGUUCUGAGCAGGUCUCUCCCUGGGAGUGCAAGAGUGGCAUGAGUUUAGGACCCAAGCUCUGAUUGAGAGGGGGAAUGAACAGCACUCAGCCUGGAUUACGGUUGCUCAGGCCUCCGACAGUGAUAGGCCAGUUCCACACACUUUUCUUUGGCUCUGUUCGGAUGUUCUUUCUGGGCGUCCUGGGCUUUGCAGUCUAUGGAAAUGAAGCUCUCCAUUUUAGCUGUGAUCCAGACAGGAGGGAGUUAAACCUCUACUGUUACAACCAAUUUAGGCCGAUAACACCUCAGGUAUUCUGGGCAUUGCAGCUGGUAACUGUUUUAGUCCCUGGAGCUGUAUUUCAUCUCUAUGCUGCCUGUAAAAACAUUGACCAGGAGGAUAUCCUUCAGAGACCUAUAUACACCGUCUUCUACAUCAUCUCUGUCCUGCUAAGAAUUAUUCUGGAAGUCAUCGCUUUUUGGUUGCAGAGCCAUCUCUUUGGUUUCCAGGUUCACCCACUCUACAUGUGUGAUGCCAGUGCCCUAGAAAAGACGUUCAAUGUCACAAAAUGCAUGGUGCCGGAACACUUUGAAAAGACCAUAUUUUUAAGUGCAAUGUACACUUUCACCGGGAUCACGGUGCUGCUGUGUGUUGCUGAGAUAUUUGAGAUACUCUGUAGGAGAUUGGGUUAUUUGACCAAUCAAUGACCUGUGUGUUAUUUGCUACAGAGUAAUUGAUCACAUUUCAAAAUUCUGUGUGUCUAUCCAGGUCUCACAUGGACACCAAUGCCGAAAACGACAUACCUCUGCUUUUUUUUGUUGGGAGUUGACACUCAGACACUUCUUUCCAUAAUCCCAUUAUUUAAGUCAAGUCACACAGAUUUAAACCUUAUUUUGUCAAUAGACUAAUGAUAUUGUUGUGACAUAUGCAGCUUUCAAUCAUUGGCCCACGUAAGAAAGAAAGGUGUUACCAGUAAUUCUAAUAUUUUACAUAUUUGUACCCAGUGAAACGUUUUAUAGCAUUCUUGUAGUCUUUUUAGGGGCCUAUAGACAAACCUACAGUAAUGUAAUCUAAUUGUCCAGUACAACAUAUGGCCAAUGUCAUGUCAUCAAUGGUAACAUCCUGAUACCCUACGACAGAAGCUGAAAAUGGGUCAUUUUAAGGCAUAGGCAGGAAAAAAAAUUCACCUAAUGAAGCUUAGAUUUGAUUUCAAUAUUUGGCUUUUAGCCACAGCUAAAAGCCAUAAUUAUUUUCAGGUCAUAAUACAUUAGUAAUUAUACAUUUUGUAUGAAUUGAAGUACCGUACUAUAUAAAGGUUCUCAAAUUAGUUUUAAAUUGUAAAGAUUUUUGCACAUCUCAUUUGAUGAUUGUGAAAUUAAGGUUUUGAAAUACUAUAUAUAGGAAUGGUAUCAAUAACAACAAUAAUAAGUUAAAGAAGAUGGGUUUCCAUGCUACCAGAUUUAUCAUGCAGAUUCUGCACAUCACUGUAGAUGUAAGUGUGAUUGCUGAUAAGUCUGCUGGUCACAGUGUGGAUGGUUAACCCAUAUAUUUGACUAUUUUAAGACCCUUUUCAUAGCUUGAAGUAUUAUGCUUUUGAUUUAACACUGUGCUGUUGCUGUACUGAAAAUAAUGACCUCUUUUGUUUUGUAUCUGUAAAUUAUUAUCAGGCAUCCAUCCAACGUUGUUAUUUUCAGCUAAAUGUAUCAUCUCAGGUACAAUAUGGCAUACUGCUUUCUGGUAUUUGUGACAGAUGGGUAGUUUUAAAGUUUGCCUCUUUCAUUUUGUACAGAAAAGCCGAGGUAACUGUUAAAAGAAGCAAUGACAUUCAUUUGGUUGUCAGUAAAUCUGAGGAGUAUUUUAGGGAAGUGGGAUCAAUUAGUUAUCUGUUACGUAGGUUUUUUAUUUUUACUCAUGUUUGGUUGCUAUGUUUACAUUUCUUAUGGUAAUUGAAUUUCAUUACAUCUAUUGUCUGUUUUGACUGAGUGUUCUUUAUAAAAUGCAUAGAACUUCUCAGCACUGUUUAAUAAAAGGGGCACAUUUUAUGACCAACUCAUAUCUUAGGACAAUAUUGUUCUACAGUAUGAUGUUUC